UUUUAAAUAUGAUUUUGUUGUGAGCUGAAAAAAGAGUACCAGCAGUGGUUUGGGAUUUGAAAGGCUUAUGCUGACUGAAAACUGGUUGUGCAUAUAAUAAUGCUAGGACAAAUCACAUUUGGCUAAGAAUGCAGCCUGUUGACUAAUAUAGUAUUGUUUUUAAUUCAUCUAUUUUAUCAUUGAAAAUUUGGUGAUUGGUCAAAUCAGUUCUUUUAUAACUUGAGAAUAAUUAGAAAAAAUAAAAAAUAAAAAAAUAAAUCUUUGCAGAAUUGCAUGAUUGAGAAAAGCAUGUUUCAACCAAUCUCAUAAUUCAUAAUUGUUGGUAUUUCCAUAAUAAGAGUAGGUAUCUAUUCCCUUCCAAUCUUUUCUGUUCCUAGUUUCCUUCCCCUUCGUUCAUUAAUGGACCGACCCAAAUGUGGGCUUUCUGUUUGGGCCCAAACUAAAACGGUGAGGCCCAAAUAAAAGAAACGGCAUCUGAGCUGUGCUCGUUUCGGAGGUAAAAGACGACAUCUUUCAGAGUGAGAAGGAUUAGUUAGACUGAGAGAGAUGUACUUGAAGAAGGCGCUGUGGAGCGAGGCAAUUAAACCGGAGAAGGGAUCGCCGGAAAAUGAGGCUGAGCACCCGGCGACGGCGGUGGGAGAGCUAGUGAGCUCGUUGAUGGAGCAGAGAGUUUAUCGAGAGGUGACACUCGCUCUCCGAAGCGGUCUGAGGGACGCGCGUGCCGAAUUCUCAUUCCUCCGAGUUCGCGGCCUCAAGAGUCUUCUCAAAUUCCUCCGAUCCGUUGCCGAGUCCGACUCCACCAUUCACCUCUUCUCCCAGACACAAUCUGUCCCUGAGCUUCAAGUGGUUCCGGUUCUGUUUCAACAUUCAUUGAAAGAUUCAGUGGAUGACACUGUUACAAAUUUGGAUCAUAUUUUUGGUGUCCAACCCAUGAAGCUCACCAGUCCUUCAACUGAUGCUGAAGUUUCACUUGCUUUGCGAGUUCUAGAGGGUUGCUGUCUGCUCCAUAGAGAGAGUACUGUGUUGACUCAUCAGUAUAAAGCUAUUCAGGUAUUGAUGAACAUAUUAUCAUUCCGGGGAGCUCUUGAGCAAGGUGCAUGCCUAGAUGCUUUAAUUUCGAUAAUGUUGGAUUCAUCAGCCAAUCAAGUGGAUUUUGAAGCAUGCAAUGGCAUUGAAAAAGUUGCAGAACUCAUAAGGGACAAACAAGUGGAUGAAAAUCUCAGGUUGAAAUGUGGAGAGUUCUUGCUUCUGCUCAUUGGGCAUGUAAAUGGAAGAGAUAGGCCUCCCCUUGCAACCAUACAUGAAGACAUAAGGCGGCUUCUGGGUGAGAAAUCUGCCUCCUUGAUAUGGGCAGCUAGUCAAUUUGGCUCAACCCUUGAUCCAGAACAAAGACUAACGGCACUGCACAUCCAAGCACGCCGAGUGCUUGAGUCCUUGGACCUGUACUGAGUCAGCAUUUAGGACAAUCAACAAAUAUUUUUCCAUUGUUUUCUAUAGAAGGUGCCUUAGAAGGCAUAUUUUGUCCAUUAGUUUGUAUGUUAGUUUCCAGUAACGGUUAAUAACUAAGGGAGAAUUUUUAAGAGAUGAGUUGCAACUGUGCACGUAUAUAUUCUCUACAACUACAAGAGAAACAGAGAGAAACAGAGAGAAACAAUUUUUCCGUAUUUUCUUUUCUCAUCUGUUGUAAUUACAAUUUACAAAUUAGCUGUUUUUAUAUGGGAAAUUAGAUUAUUCACGGUGUCA